ACAAAACAAUAAAAACCAAUGUAAGUCUAAAACCAUUUUAUUAUAUAAGACGCUUAUAGUAAGAAAAAUGGAUAGUGUUAAACCAGGGUGCUCCAAAGGUAACAUGGACAAAAUGGAUGUUGAAAAAGAAUUGACCAAUAAAUUUCUAAGUGGAGAAAUGUCAUUUGCUGAAUAUUCUAGCGAAUGGUAUGGAGGCGAUGAUGAAGAGGAAGCAGAAGAUCCUAAUAAGGUAUCAGACGAUGAGUCUCGACCCUCAUUGCCGCAAGUUGAAAAGAUUGGCCAGAGGCGUCGUAAAUUGACACGCCUAUCUCCUGUUUUGUUAGGUCUAAUGGGAGAGGCUAACUUAAGAUUCGUGAGGGGGGAUAAGGAUAUGGCUGAAAAAAUGUGCCACGAAAUUAUAAAGCAAAUACCAACUGCCCCUGAACCUUAUCAAACGUUGGCACAGAUCUAUGAACAUGAUGCUGAAAAAUCUUUACAAUUUUCAUUGUUAGCAGCACAUUUAAGUCCCUCUGAUGCAAAUGAAUGGCUAAGACUUGCUGCCAUAUCAAAAGAAAGAAGUGAUGUAAAGCAAGAAAUGAUUUGUUACACACAGGCUAUUAAAGCUGAACCUUUUAACUUUGAAAUUCAUAUGAAAAGACUGGAUUUAUUAACAUCACUGGAAGAAAUAAAAUAUCCUCUUAAUACUCUUAAUGUAACUAGAGUUAAAUGUUAUCAUAAAAUAGUAACUUGUUUGCCAGCAACAGAAGGUGAAAUCAUUAUGAAGUAUGCUAAAAUGGCUGCUACAAUUUACCAUAAUAAUAGAGAAUUAGAAAGAGCCACUGCUGUUCUAGAUGCAGCUUAUAAGAAGUGUUCAUUACUUUUUUCUUUAGAAGACAUAAAUAUAUUUUUAGAAUUAUUAAUCACUCAGAAGCAAUAUCAAGCAUGCAUUGAGGUUUUUGUUUCUAAUCUUGGUAUUGUAAUAGAAGCAGAAAUUCAGACAGUAAAAAAUUCAAGCGAUGAAAUUGAGGAACAUACUAAUUACAUAAACUGUACAAUUCCUUGUAAUUUGCCUAUUGAUUUGAAGAGUAAAUUAUUAAUAUGUUUUAUUCAUUUAGGCGCCAUUAGCUUAGUUGAGACACUUUUGACUGACUUCCUCACCAAUGAUGUGGAAAAAGCUGGCGACUUGUACAUGGAUAUAGAGGAAGCAUUUUCCUGUGUAGGGCAUCAUGAACUAGCUAUGAAACUUUUGGAGCCUUUAAUAAAGAACACAUCUUUUGAUUUAGGAGCAGUGUGGCUAAAACAUGCUGAAUGUCUUUACAACUUAGGAAGGCUGGAUGACGCUGUAGAGUCUUAUUAUAAAGUAUUAAAACAUGCUCCUCAACAUCCCACUGCCCGUCGAAAGUUGUAUGCAAUUCUAGAACAAAAAGGUCGCAUUGAUGAGGCAUUGGAUAUUUUGCAACAAGACUAUAAUUAUGUUGUUAGUGCCAAGUUACUUUUAGAUCACUGUCAAGAACUGAAAAAGCAUAAUAAAAUUUUAAAAUACUUGGAGGUUGGUGAAGCUCUUUUGUCCAAAACAUUUCCUAGAUAUAGACAUCAGGAAGAAUUGAGUAUUGCUUGUAAAACUAAAGGAGGUAUAGAUUUAAUACAUGAAUUUAGAAAGAUGCGAGGUGAGAACCCUUAUCAUGAAGAUGAUUUACAUUUUGAUGAGGAAGAAUCAUUUAAACUCACACCUCAAGAGGAAUGGAAUUUCUUCAAAGAACUGUUAGGCAUUGCUAAUGAUCACAAGCAAUAUUUUACAAUGCAAAGGUUAUGUUUUGGUGCUCUGAUGUCUAAAGCAUUGACAUCUCAUCGCAUAGACAUUGAUUUCUACUGUCUACAAGCUUGUAUAUUAAGUAAUGAUCAUCACACUGCCAUGAGAUUUAUAAGAGACUUUACACAUAAAUAUCCCGGUCCUUCCUCAUGGAACCUCUUAAAUCUAGUCAUUGGUUCAGUGGAUGAUACAGCACAUAUUAAAUUUUUAUCAAGACUGUUCCAGAAAGAUUCACAUAUAGUAAGACAUUUAUUUUUGGGUAACAACUUUUUGACCUCCGGAAGAUAUUUAGUUGCAUUAAAAUAUUUCUUAGAGUACCAUGAUCAGUGCAGAGAACCUUUGUCUGCAUUUCUUAUUAGUGUAACAAUAAUGAUCAUGGCAGCUCAAAGGACUGUGGACAAACAUCAUAACUUGAUAUUGCAAGGUCUCUCUUAUCUCUCAACCUAUAAGCAGUUAAGAAAAUGUGAUCAAGAAGCCUACUACAAUAUUGGCAGAGUUUACCACAUGUUAAGUUUAAAUAAUUUAGCCGUAGAGUAUUAUGAAAAAGCAUUAUCAUGUGCACCAAUCGCAAAGUGUGAACAACACGGCGUUAUAGAUUUAACUAGAGAAACAGCCUACAAUCUUUAUUUAUUGUACAAAGAUCAUUCACCUGAAAUUGCUCGGAAAUAUAUGUUCAAAUAUCUUGUGAUAUAAA